AUGGCCGCUGAGAGGCAAGUCAGAUGGGGCAACGGAAAUCGUCCGUCGUCGGUAGUGUCCAGUGACUUGCUGCCACAAAACCCAUUUGUCCAGUCGGAAGCCGUCGAGAAGCUCAAGAAGCAGAAGGCCAAAUACGAGGCCAAGCUCGCCAACAUGGAGAGUUCCAAGGCCAGGCUCCAGUUCUCCAUCGAUUACCUUGAGUCAGAGCUUAGGGCGCAGAAGGCCGACUACGAGGCCAGGAUCGCCGACGUGGAGAAACAGUCCCAGACAAUGCUCGAGGAUGCUAUCAGGGUUCACAAGUCGGAGCUCAGCGACAAGGAGAAAUGCCACGAGAUCGACAUCGAACGCGUGAGGCGCUUCAUUGAGGCUGAUGUCGCCAGAAUAUCGAAGGAAUCCAAGACCAAGCUCAAUCACCUCACCAAGGACUACGACGCCAAGAUUUCCCACCUGAAGAACGAAUCGCAGUCCAAGCUCGAGGGCACCAUCAAGCACUACGAGGACAAGCUCAGCGACGAGAAGACCCACUGUGAUACCGCACUCAACGACAUGAAGACGGGCUACGAGACCACGAUCGAGAUGGAGGAGGAAGUCAAGGCCAAGCUCUAUCACUCCAUUGGGGAGCACGAAACCAGGGAGAGCGACAUGGAGAACUCCUACGAAACCGCCCUCAAGGGUUGGAAGAAGGCCUACGAGGACAAAGUCGAGGAACUAGUGGUGCUCAAGGAGACCCGAGCCAAGGGAGGCGACUUUCUCAGCCCGAUCACCGACAAAGUCGCGGACAUCAAGGACAAGCAUGUGGAUGUCAACGACAAGACCGCGAACGUAAUCGACAAGAAGCCCGAGAUCGAUGCCCUUAAAGGCACCAUCGACGCCCUCAAAGACACCGUCGGUAUACAAAUAGUGGCUGCAGAAGAUAACCGCGAGACUGUUAAGGACCUCCGUAAGACCGUCAAGGACCUCCGUAAGACCGUCAAAGACCUUCGAGAGCGCAACGCAAAGCUCGAAGCAGAGCUUCAGAAGAAGUAG